AUGGAUUCUAACUUUGAUUUGAAUCUUCCCUAUAUAGCCAAUGAAAAUGAGUUUUUAUUUGAUCUAAAUCAAACACCAACAGUUGAAGAAAUAGAUACACUCGAUAACGAAGAAGAAGAAGAAGAAGAUGAUGAUGAUGAUAAUGAUGCACUCGUUAACAGUCACGUCUAUGCAAGCGAUCUUUUUACUGAAACAGAUCAAGGAAAUUGUGGUCGCAAGAAAAUUCCUCUCAACUUGAAUCAAGUUAAGAGUAUUCCAUUUCACAAGAGAACAUCACUUCGAUCGCUCUCAAAGAGUUUGGGUAUUGCUACUUCAACGUUGCAUAAACGUGUCAAGGAAGGUAUGCUUCGUCAUCACACUAAUGCUAUCAAACCAAGUUUAAAGGAUGGGAAUAUAAGAGAUAGGUUGAAGUUUUGUUUCUCCAUGCUAGAAAAAGACUCUUUGAUUCAUGAACCAAAAUUCGUCAAUAUGUACAACAUCGUACAUAUUGACGAAAAAUGGUUCUACAUGACAAAGAAAAUGGAGAAGUAUUAUUUAGUUCCUGAUGAAGAGGUACCGCAUCGUACAUGUCAAAGUAAGAACUACAUUGAGAAGGUGAUGUUCUUGGCGGCGAUGGCUCGACCGAGAUUUGACGAGGAAGGAAAUGAGACAUUUUCUGGCAAAAUAGGAGUGUUUCCUUUUGUUUCCAUGCAACCAGCUAAGAGGCGAAGCAAAAACCGAGACGCUGGAACCCUAGAGCUAAAAGCAUCAACUUCUGUGAAACGAGAAGACAUAAGAGCAUGUUUGAUUGAAAAGGUCAUUCCAGUAAUUCAUGAAAGAUGGCCAGUUGAAGAUCGGGGGAAGACUAUUUUCAUCCAACAAGACAACGCAAGGACACAUGUCCAGUGUGGUGAUAAAGAGUUUAAAGAGGCUGCCUGA